GGGACCAUAUUGUAAUUUUUACUCCCUUCAGCAUCUGCAACAAAGGAAAGGAUCGGCUGAGGAGCAGUUGUAUAGAACUUCACCGGUCAGAACUCAGAAGUAGAUCAUAGAAGGAGGAAUCCGGCUUCGUUAAUCUGACCCUACCCACCGGUAUAGAUCUGCAUAUAGGUAGCCUGUUUGGGGACAAAACCAACAAAAGGAUAUGCAAAUGGUUCAUAAGGGUCCCAGAUAAUUGUAGGAUUCAUCACUGUCAUUGCAUUGGGAGUUUUUUCUGAUUGGUGACUUUUAUCAAACAUAUGAUAAAAUUCGCUACUUUCCUAGUGAUGAAAUAUGUUAUCACACAAACACACAAAACCAACAGAAACAUGCCUACAGUCUUCUGACUCCAGAAUGCAAUAUCUCUUUGUUGAUGGCUACACAUAAAUCUCUGAAUCACAUCUUGAAGCAAACAACAAAAUUGACGACCCGACUGUAGCUUAGCUUGCAUUUGCAAUAAAAAUGUCUUCAGCUCAAGAUCCAUUUUACAUUGUAAAAGACGAGAUUCAAGAUUCUAUUGAUAGCCUCCAGGGCAGCUUUCAUGAAUGGGAACGCGGCAGCGGGGAACAAUCCCGGGUGACAAAGGAACUCCUUUCCAAUUGCGAGAGCAUUGAAUGGCAGGUGGAUGAGCUGGAAAAGGCUAUUUCUGUAGCAGCUAGAGACCCUUCUUUGUAUGGUAUAAACCAAGUGGAGCUUGAAAAGCGAAGGAAGUGGACCACUACUGCUCGGAUUCAGGUGGGAAAUAUUAAGAAAGCGGUGACAGUGACCGGAAGCAGUUCAAACUUUGGUGGGAGUGGGAUGCGCCAAGAAUUAAUGCGGAUGCCAAAGUCUCAUCAGCAGCAGGAUAAGGACAGGACCAGAACCGGAUCAUAUGCUGCUGUAGAUAAUGAUGAUUUUAUUUCUUCAGAAUCAGACACACAGAUGCUUCUCAUCAGACAACAAGAUGAAGAGUUGGAUGAACUAAGUGCAAGUGUGGAAAGGAUCGGAUCUGUUGGGCUCACCAUACAUGAUGAACUCCUUUCACAGGAGAGAAUUAUAGAGGAUUUGGGUUCAGAAAUGGAAAGUACAUCUAAUCGUCUUGAUUUUGUUCAGAAAAAAGUGGGCAUGGUUAUGAAGAAGGCCAGUGCCAAGGGACAGAUGAUGAUGAUCUUAUUCUUGAUUGUCCUCUUCAUUAUCUUAUUUGUUUUGGUUUUCUUCACCUAAACUCAUAUGCUGUUUCUUGAUUUCAAGAAUAAAAAAAUUACUGUAUUAUCUUAGAGUGUAACACAGGAGCUAUUAGGUGUUUUCAUUAAUUACACUUUUGUUGCUUUAUAUGGUGUGAGUAAAUUGAGAAAAAGUUUUCCAAGUAUAUUAUGGUACCGCUUUUCAACAUAA